GACUGUGCUGCUGCGGACACCGGGAACGCGGGUUGUGGUGUGCGCGCAAGCGAAACGAACUCGUAUGGUGCUCCGUUCAACGCUAUGGGCGGCGGUGUCUACGCUACGCUAUGGGACGACGACGGGAUCAAGACCUGGUUCUUCCCGCGCAGCUCGAUACCCUCAGACCUGUCGAGCAGUGCGCCACAGCCAACGACAUGGGGCACGCCCAUGGCCGCAUUCGCGGCCUCGUCAUGCGACCCGUUCAAGUACUUCUAUCAGCACACAGCCAUCUUUGACACCACCUUCUGCGGUGAUUGGGGAGGAGGCGUGUGGGACGCAUCAGGCGUGCCCGGGCAGGACCAAAGCUGUGCCGCGCGCACCGGUGUCGCGUCAUGCUCGGACUUCGUGCUUAAUAACGGCGCCUCGUUCACUGAAGCCUACUGGGAGGUCAAGAGCGUCAAGAUCUACCAAAAGAGCUCAUAA